AUGUCUUCCUCUCUUGGUUCUCCUGUUCAAGUCCAAGCCGUCUUCCACAUCUGUGUUGAUAACGUUGCUGAAACCAAGGCAGAACACUGCUGGCUGUCAAUAAAUCGAUCCGAAGACAUGCUACCUUACCUGGAGAUCGAAUCCCGUUCGAAGAGAGAAACCGACAUGAGCGAGCCGGAGUCGCUGGGGAGUAGCAGCGGCUCGGACGAGAUCGCGUUCUCGCAACUACUUGCUUCUGUCGCACGUCCGAUUCCUCAGCCGUUCGUCUCCUCGCCGUGGGGAUCAGCUGUUUCGCAGCCCAUGCUGGGCGGUUCAUUCGGACUGGCACCGACCCCUCCGCCCAUCAAUGACCAGAAGGAGUAUUCACAAAACAAACUUUGCCGACAACAAGUGGUGAAGUGCCCGCUUUGUCAGGAGCCUUUCCGUGAGCCGAAGGUUCUAGCGUGCUUUCACUCAUUCUGCAAAGCUUGCCUCGAACGACAAAUUGACUCUGCAGAGAAGAUUGUUUGUCCGCAGUGUCACAUGGAAACGCAACUCAGUGUCCAGCUUGGUCUCGACUCCCUCCUCUCUGACUACGGUCUCGAGGCUGUUCUUUCUCGACCUAACAUGAUUGAAGAUAAGGGAUUGCUCUUUGGAUCUCCCAGUUCUACUUCUUCAUCCCCUCCUCUUUCAGACUCACCUUGCGAUCAGAAUUCUAACACCACAAACCGCUCGGCGUGUACUGGAUGCAAGUCUGGAGAACGUGCAUCGCACUACUGCCAGGAGUGUACUCACUAUCUCUGCACCAAUUGCACAAUGGCUCAUCAGUAUAUGCAUUGCUUUGAAGGACAUCGGGUUGAACCUAUCUCACAGAUCCAGGCUCCCGUUCAACCGUCGAGCGCUGCUUCUGCCCAUGAACGUGCCUGCAAAUGCUUGCAACAUCGCGCUCAGCCGCUGCGCUUCUUCUGCCUUACAUGCAACUUGGCUAUUUGUCGAGAGUGUACGCUUGUAGAACACGCGCAGCCCUCACAUCAGUAUGAGCCCAUCAGUGAGGUUGCCGACAAACAGUUGAGUACCAUGGAAAUGCUGGUUAACGAAGCACGUAACAAGCACAUCGAACUGUUGGAAAUGUUCAAACAGGUGGAUGCCUCUCAGCAACGACUGAGUGCCAGUCUGAGCCGUGCUCACUCACAGCUUGACGAUAACGUUAACGCCCUCGUGCGCAUCAUCGAUGAGGCGCGCAAAGCUGCUGCGAAAGAGAUCGAUACUGCUUUUUCUGCGAAACAGAUCCAACUCACUAUGGUGGAUAAGCGAAUUCAGCAGAUGACGGAAAAGCUUAGCCAAACAAUCGAUUUCACAACGAGAUUGGUUAAAUAUGCAUCGCCUACUGAAGUAAUGGUGUUCAAGCAGCUUUUAGAUACACGACUUCAACUCUUUUUGGCAUUCAACCCUGACGCUUCAAAUGCUCUGGGAUCUUCUUGCGAGUUAGAGCUAUCUCCGCUUAACUUUGCUAGUGCUCGGCAAGCCAUUCAAGGACUUCUUGGACAAGUUCGCGGCGGCGCUGCGGAUUGGAAUGGACAGGGUAGCUCACAAACAGGAAUGCCUCCCACCCCUAUUGGAAGACCUCCAAGCAGACAGCUUGUGCGCUCCCCGCCUCAGGCCCACAGUGUUCCCCUUGCACCAAACGUGUUCUCUGAGCCUAACAGCUUUCUUCGUCCGAGAAACGAAUUUGGUGGCUCUAGCCAAUCUCUCGGGAAUUUCACCAGCGACGUGUCAUCCUCACUUGACACGUGUGGAGUUCCUGUGUACAACUAUGACAAAUGGUCUAUCGGAGUGGAGCCCAGCAUUGGCAUGCUUGAACCAGGAAAUGUUGAAGACGAAAAGAUAGGAGCAUUGUAUCCACCAAGCCGUUCGCAAAUAAGUCGUCAGAAGAUGAUUUACCACUGCAAAUUCGGCGAAUUUGGCGUUAUGGAGGGUCAAUUCACUGAGCCGUCUGGUGUCGCUGUUAAUGCUCAAGGCGAUAUUGUGGUUGCCGAUACGAACAAUCACCGCAUUCAAGUAUUCGAUAAGGAAGGACGUUUCAAAUUCCAAUUUGGCGAGUGUGGAAAACGUGAUGGCCAGCUGCUUUAUCCCAACAGAGUGGCUGUGAACAAAAUGACCGGUGAUUUUGUGGUUACCGAACGAUCUCCCACUCACCAGAUCCAGGUGUACAAUCAGUAUGGACAGUUCUUACGGAAAUUUGGCGCUAAUAUCCUUCAACAUCCUCGAGGAGUCUGCGUUGACAGUAAAGGUCGCAUUAUUGUGGUGGAAUGUAAGGUGAUGAGGGUCAUCAUUUUCGACAUGUUUGGGAAUAUACUCCAGAAGUUCAGUUGUUCCCGUUAUCUAGAGUUUCCUAAUGGAGUGUGUACGAAUGACAAAAAUGAGAUCCUGAUAUCGGAUAAUCGCGCUCAUUGCAUUAAGGUUUUCUCCUACGAAGGACAAUUUCUCCGUCAGGUUGGUGGUGAAGGGAUCACCAACUAUCCUAUUGGAGUGGCUAUUAAUGCUAUGGGUGACGUCGUUGUUGCGGACAACCACAACAACUUUAAUCUUACUGUGUUCUCGCAGGACGGUGCGAUGAUUGGUGCUCUGGAGUCUAAAGUGAAGCAUGCGCAGUGCUUCGACGUGGCUCUAGUGGACGAAACCAGCGUGGUUCUGGCUUCGAAGGACUAUCGUCUCUAUCUUUAUCGUUUCCAGCGUAGUGCCGGUGGUGGUCAGCAGUAG